AUGCCACCGCUUUCUUCACAUCCUCGCUUCUCUCACCUGACCAUUUCCAUUCAGAAAUUAGACUCUUGCAACGCUCAGGUCAUUCUUUCUGUCUGGGCCAGCAACUCAACUCUGGUUGAUCAUUCUUCUCCCGGCCGACCUUGGCUAAGUUCACUCAGCUCUGACCUGGCGAGCUCUCCGAUUGAUCCACCGUCUCUGCCGACGCAGAUGCAUGCCAAUGAUGCAGCCGAAGCGGCGAACACAGAGCAACAGGAGGCUUUCCAAAAACGAGACGAGAUAGAAUCUACGCAGCCAUUUGCCGCAGCGAAUGCACACACAAGAGGCCAUCCAAACAAACAGGCCGAUUUAUGCGCUAAUGCCACGAGGACAACUGAAGCGGAUACAGAAACGGUUACAAAAAGCCCCGACUCCAUAAGGCUCAAUAGCAGCACAAGAAUGAUUUCAGGUCCACUUGCUUGGGUCACUAACCAGACGAAGACGCCCGGAUUCCCCUGGGUAACCUCGGCACAGGAACACGACCUUUUAUCGGCAAUUACUCUUGUCUAG